AUGACCGCUGUCUCCAGAAUCCCCGCCCUCGUCAACCAUGCUCCGCGGAUUGUUAAAGCGGAUCCUAGCUCUGGCGUCAUUGUUCUCAGCAGCCCAAAGCUCUACUGGUACCCAUUUUUGCAAUCUCUGGAAGCCGAGUGGUUUGGUCUUGACAAAUUGCUCGAACUGAAACAGACGCUCCGCUCCUACGUCGAGUUAUUGUACAGCCACGGCGUGGCAUACCGCAUCAAGCAUAACUUCGUCUUUCCCGCGCGGACAACGUCAGGCCGCUGGAGGGUGUAUUUAGGUGGCUGGAUGGAUGCUGAAUAUUGUCCUGACCCGCGCCAUUUGGAGUCAACUGAGUGGAGGGCGCGGGAAACAAGAGAGUUGGAUGAGAUCGAACGCCUAUUUGACCUGCUGGUCAGGCGCUGCGAGGAUAUACAGGAUGAGCGGAAAGGCCUCCCGGGCCACAGAUGUGAGACAUGGACACUGAAAGAGCAGCUGAAGCCCCAGACCUAG